AUGCCGUCGCCGGACGCGGCGGCGAGGCACACGGGCGCCGGCGUGGCGCGUCGGCAGGCCCACCACGAGCGGAUGCGCGACGAGCGCGCUCGGGAAGCGGCCGCGGGCGACGCGGAGCUUCCGCCGGAGGACGACGCGGUCGAGAUGGCGAGCGCCGUCCACGUGCUGGACAGCGUGGCGGAGGAGACGAAGGCGAAGCGGCGGAAGCGAAAGCGCGAGGAUGCCAGGGCGGCGCUCGACGGCCACUCUGUCCUGUCCACCGGAUCGCGCCUCGAGAUCUUCUGCGACAGUGAGCGGUGGUACCCUGCGACCGUCAUGGCGCGGGAGGAGGACGGGGACGGACGGAUCGUGCACGAGGUCGAGUACGACGGCGAAUCGGGUCGGCGCUAUGGCGGGACCACUAUCGAGUACUAG